AUGAAAAUUAUUAAAAUUUCGCAAGCUUUGAAGUUAACGAAUAUUAAUAAUCUAUCAUUAAAUUCUUUGCUACUUGCCGAAACUUUAAGGCGUUCCUCGGUAAAAUUCACAAGUCAAUUAAAAAUCAAGCAACAUUACAAAAGGUUAUUAUCUUAUGGUAAUAGUCGACAUUUAUCAGCCACGGCAUUAAUACCUUUUGUGGUAGAUCAAUCUAAAGGAAGUGAACGAUCAUAUGAUAUCUUUUCGCGUCUAUUAAAAGAGCGAAUCAUUUGCUUGAAUGGCGAGAUAGAGGAUCAUGUUGCGUCCGUUGUGAUAGCACAAUUAUUUUAUCUUGAAAAUGAGAAUCCUGAAAAAGAAAUUAAGUUGUAUAUUAAUAGUCCAGGUGGAACUGUGACGUCCGGAUUGGCCGUUUAUGAUGCAGUAGGUUUUUGUGAUAUACCGUAUAGUGCCGGAAAUAAGCACCCAACAUAUCUGUAUAAUGAGCGCGAUUAG